GGCUGAAGGGCACAGAGCAGACAAGUUCCACACAGCAUCCUGGUGCAGAACUGGCAGGCACCAUGAGGACCCUCUGUCUGCUCGCUCUGCUGGUCCUGACUGCAUUCUGCCUCUCUGGUCCAACAGAUGCAAAGCCCAGGGGCUCAGAGUCUGACAAAGGAACUGCCUUCGUGUCCAAGCAGGAAGGCAGUAAGGUAGUGAACAGACUCCGGCGCUACCUGGGCCAUGGACUUGGAGCCCCAGCCCCCUACCCAGAUCCCCUGGAGCCCAAGAGGGAGGUGUGUGAGCUCAACCCCAAUUGCGAUGAACUAGCAGACCACAUCGGCUUCCAGGAUGCCUACAGCCGCUUCUACGGUACCACUGUUUAGGGCAGUCUCAACUUUGGCUACUCCAGGAUUCAACCCUCCCUGUUUCCUUCUCUGCCCUGCAAGUAUGGGUGGCACAGCUGCUCCAAUAAAGUCCAAU